AUGGAACAAGAAGAUAAACAGGGUGUGUAUGAAACCCAGGACUCAGAGGACAAAAGGAUGGGCUCAGAUUUUGAGAACUCUGAGGACAAGGAAGGGGACCUAGAAGAAAAAGAUACACAGGACACAGAUGAGAGAGAGGACCAUCUGGAGAAGGACAUGGGCUCCAACCCACAGGAUGCAGAUCUACGGGGGGUCUCAGAAGAGAUGGAAAUGGUGCCCAAUAUCUGCACAGAGGGACUGCUGUGCGAGGAAGAGGCGGCUGCUCUCCAGGAGGAAGAGGAUGGCCAACCUGGUGAACCUGAGUUGGCGAUGUUCCCAGGACUGUCCGAGUCCGACAGCAUAUCCCGGAGCCCUCAGGAAGAGGAGGAGGAGGAGGAGAGUGCUGGGGAGAACCGGCUGGAGGAGGAAGAGGAGCAACCAGCCCCACCCGUGCUUCCUUGGAGGCGGCGUCUCUCCUUGGGGAGUCGGCACCUGGGCGACAAGCCUGCCCACCGCCGCUUCCGCCGGCUUCACCACCCCGUGGCCAUGGACCUUAGGGAGCUCGACAGCCUGGUGGCCAGCAUCAUGGACGCGCCCACCAUCUGCCCCGACUGUGGGGAGAGCUUCAGCCCUGGCACCGCCUUUCUGCAGCACCAACGCAUCCACCGCCUGGCUGAAGCAGCUCUAGAGCCCUUCGGCUUUGCUGGAGAGUGCGGUGCGGUGGUGGGGAUGAUGGGAGUGGGCGUGGCAAGUGGCUUCGGGGCGGGGCCCGCACUGGCCCGGCCCCCAAGCGAGAAGCCCUUCCGCUGCGGAGAGUGUGGCAAGGGCUUCAGUCGCAACACUUACCUCACCAAUCAUUUGCGCCUGCAUACGGGCGAGCGGCCCAACCUCUGCGCCGACUGUGGCAAGAGCUUCAGCUGGCGAGCCGACCUGCUCAAGCAUCGGCGCCUGCACACAGGCGAGAAGCCAUACCCGUGUCCCGAGUGCGGCGAGGCCUUCAGCCUCAGCUCGCACCUGCUGAGCCACCGGCGUGCACACGCUGCCGCCAGCGGUGCGGGGGCGGCGGCGCUGCGACCAUUCGCGUGUGGGGAGUGCGGCAAGGGCUUCAUGCGCCGCUCGCAUCUGGCUAACCACCAGCGCAUUCACACGGGCGAGAAGCCACAUGGGUGCGGCGAGUGCGGUAAGCGCUUCAGCUGGCGCUCAGACCUGGUGAAGCACCAGCGCGUGCAUACGGGCGAGAAGCCUUACAUGUGCUCCGAGUGUGGCGAGACCUUCAGCGUGAGCUCGCACCUCUUCACGCACAAGCGCACGCACUCGGGUGAGCGACCCUACGUAUGCCGCGAAUGUGGCAAGGGUUUCGGCCGCAAUUCGCACCUGGUGAACCACUUGCGUGUGCACACAGGCGAGAAGCCCUUCUGCUGCGGUCAGUGCGAGAAGCGCUUUAGCGACUUCUCCACACUCACGCAGCACCAGCGCACGCACACGGGCGAGAAGCCCUACACGUGCAUUGAGUGUGGCAAAAGCUUCAUCCAGAGCUCGCACUUGAUCCGCCACCGCCGCAUUCACACUGGCAACAAGCCGCACAAGUGUGCUGGCUGCGGCAAGGGCUUUCGCUACAAAACGCACCUCGCGCAGCACCAAAAGUUGCACCUAUGCUAA